AUGUCAUUCUUCUAGUCUCAGGAAUACGAAGAUUAGGAUGAACACGAAUAAUUGCGAAAUGUGAAAUCCCCAAAUCAGUUGCAAUUAAAAUCUCGAUUGUAUGAUCGAGGAGGUUAGCAGAAAAGGCCAGUCACUCGAACCCAACAAUAAUUAGUGCCCAAACUGGUUGCUCAAUAAAGCAAGCAAAAACUGGACCCACUGAGAAUGACCAUGGGGACAACCUUCAAAUAAAAUGUAGAUGAGCUCUACAGAACCAAAUACCUCGUAGACAAAUUAUCGGGUAAGUUCUAAAUCGAUUAAAAAUACUUGGCCAUCAUGCCAGAAGAGGAGCGUAACUACUUAAUGCGAAAAACUGGCAUGAGUUCACUAGGAUCUCGUUUCAAACUCAAACCUCUUGAUUCAGAUCCACGUAUUUAAAGUCCAUUUAAGGAAACAUUGGCACACGAUGAAGAGUUUGGGGUUACUGAGAAGGAAACCAAAUCCAAGUUAGACAAAUACAUAGACCUUAUUCUGAGUAAUACAACAAGUGUGGAUGAAUAUAUUUAUCUUGUAAGAGAAGAAGAAGAUGGCUAAGAUGAUCCUUACAUGUUGGCAGUUGUGGAUUAUAAAACCAUUAAAGGUGAUGAUAAGAAAACUGAAAUUAAAGAAUAUUACACCAUUUCAAGAAAAGGAUUAUGUCAUUACAUUAAUGGCAAGCCCACCGAAUUCAUACCACUUAGAAACUGGCUCAGAGAAAGACAGACCUAUCAUCAAAUUAAAUCAUUGAAAUUCUUUACCAAAUUCAGAAAAUGGAAAACCCUUAAGAUGUGGAAGAGCAAUGUGAUCAAACACAAAACCAAAACAAUUUAGAAUGCUCUUUUGGACAAAUAUUUCUUAUUGAACCCCAUCAUGAGAGAAACUCUACUUACAGUUAGAAAAAAUACCUAUGAAAUGAUGGAGUCUUGUCGUUUCAUCGGAUUUGAAACAUCUCAUUAAUUGACCAUGAAUGAUAGCACAUUUACUUUAGAAUAGUUCAAAUAAUUAUAGGAUCAAUAUAGGAAUAAAGUGAGUCUCAAAAUUAGAUCAUAUUCUCAAGCAUGUAGAAAAGUUGUGUAAAGUGGAUAUGAUAAAUCAUUGGAUAUUCUAAGAAAGUAGAACUAUGUACCUUAAAAUGAUGAAUAAUUCGGUGGAAAUGCUCCAAGAGAUACCGGAACGAAUGUGUUCAGAACAAGAGAAAUUGCAUAUGAAACCCUAUAAUUCCCAGAUAGCAUGACAUAUGAGAAAAGAUCAUAGUUAAGGAAAGAAUGUUCGAAAUUCUUGCGCUUUUCAUAUCUAGUUGAUUUUUUAGCAAUGGAAAGUCUGAGCAACAUUUAUACACUCUCAGUGAGAGACUUGAUAUCCAAGUUAAAAUCCUUAGAAUCAAUUGAUGAUUUCAAUGUCACAUUUGAAGCAAGCAACAAACCCCCAAUCAGAUUUGAUGAACCUCUCUUUGUGAUUAAGUUAGAUUGCACCUUCGAUUAAAUACCUUCAGAAGAUAUGUAAACUGAAGACAUCCCAGAAUUCAUACCUCAACCUUUUGGUAAUAGCACUGUCGAUGAUUUUCAUAUACUAUAUCAUGCUCAUUUACAAGAAGAAAAGACAGAAGAGCAAAAGCAAGCAGAAAAACCAUAAGGAGGUAAGAAGGGCAAGGUUGAUGAUGAUAGUGAAGAAGAUGAGACUGACGGAGGAACUUAUGAUGAAAAUAAAAUUUAUAAAAGAAUAGUGAUUCCCAAUAUUUCUAAGCAUUGGAUUUUUAAAAAACCAUAACUGAAUACAUUUCAUGCUGAUAUUGUAAAGUGUAUAGGAGAGGGAUUGAAUGCAAUUUAAGCGUUUGAGAGAUGGAGCAGACACAACGAUAUGACUUAAUACGUUGCUGUGUUGGAAGAAUGGGAUGAUAUGGUUGGUGAAGAGUGGGGACAUCCAGAAUCUAACUAUUUGAAUCCUUCAGAUUGGUUGGAUUCAGCACCACUUGAAACAUUUACAGGAGUUGUUAAGAAUAUUCUAGAAAAAGCAUUCGAAAGAGCUGAUAAAUACAUUGAGAAGUAUUUUAACAAACAUUUAUUGACUUAUUGGGAAGACAAAUAGAUUAAUAUAGAUAUUUUCAAAGAUGAGAAAUUGGCACAUCCUGGAGACACAUUUUAGUACACGAUUGCAGUACUCAAUAUGCAGAAGGAAUAAUUUUAGAAGGACAUUCCUAUUGAAAGUAUGCAAGGAUUGUUUAAGAUUGAUUCUGUUGAAUUAAAAAAGAAGUUGGAACCUCUACCAGCUGAAUUAUUGAAAAAUAGGUGCAAAGAAUUAAAGGAAUGGUUAUAAUCAUCAACAGCUGCUUUGAAAGGAGCUACUACAAAUAUUGAUGAAUUUGUUAAGCAAAGUAAUUCAUUGAAAUUGAUUCAAAAAUAAUUAAAUAAAAUCAAAUCUAAGAUUUCACUUGUUGAGGUGAAGAAAGAAGACAAACAAGCAUAUGUAGUUGAUAUCAUUUAAGCAUAAAAUCUAUUGGAAUAAGCUAUUCAUCAUGCAGAAGAAGGAGCAGAAUCUAAACUUGAUAGAUUUGCAAGAGAUGUCCAACAUAUCCUUAUUCCUCAAUUGGAGAAGUAGAUUGGUGCUUUAGAUGGAAUUAUCUAAGAUAAAAAAUAUAUUGAUGCUGGAUUGAGUUUAGAGUAAGCCAUUAAAGAGUUAGGAGAAUGCGAUGAAUAAUGUAAGAAACUAGAAGCAGAUGCUAAGAAAUACAGACAUUAUGAAAGCACUUUAGGAUUACCUACUUCUUAAUUCUAGAGUUUAGAGGAUUUAAGGAAUGAUUUGAAUCUCAGGUAUUCAAUGUGGAAGUCUACAAAGGAGUGGAUUGAAUUAACUUAAUCAUGGAUUGAUGGAAAAUUUAUAGAUAUCAACACAGAUGAAAUUAAGGCCAAAGGAGAAUAUUAUACCAAGAUUGUCAAUAGAUGUUCUAAGGGAUUACCAGCAAAUCAAGUUUUAGACGAAUUGAAAGAUAAGGUAUUUUCAUUCAAAGAUACUAUGCCUGUAGUAUUGGCAUUAAGAAAUAAAAAUUUAAAAGAUUAUCAUUGGGUGCAAAUCAAAUAGGAGAUUCUGAAAUAAGACUUUGAGAUCACUGAAACAUUUACAUUAAGAAAUUUAAUGGACAUGAAGGUUGGAAUCUAUUAAGAACAGAUAUAAGAAGUUGCUACUUAGGCUACCUAGGAAGCUGUAUUGGAUGCCUAAUUUAAUGAUAUUGAGUAAAAGUGGAAGGCUCUUGAAUUUACAUGUGUUAACUAUAAGCCUGAAAACCUAAGGAACAAAGGAAGUUUAUACGAAUUAUAAGCUGCCUUAGAUGAUUUCUUGGCAAGUUUAAAUAAUAUAUUGGGUAGUAGAUACUUGAAGAUUGAUGUGUUGAUUGCAUAAGAAACUUUGGAUGAUUGGUUAUAAGUUUAGAAAAAUUGGAUUUAUUUGGAAAAUAUUUUUGCCAGUCAGGACAUAAAAACCAAAUUGAAGGGAAGAAAAUGCUUUGUUUGA